GUAUGCACCAUAGACAUGAAUACAUAGCUUCAUCAAAUCAUUCUUACCGCGUUACUACUGAAUGUAUUGAAGCUUCGACACAGUACGUCCACCAGUACUUUACUGGAGUAAAACAUUAUUCAUGAAAUCUUUGUUAGCGGUCAAACUAGUCGUCACACUGCAAACGUUGAAGCUUCUCCGACUAGCUUGUCUUAGUUUAGCUCGCAGGCCGCUAACAAAGAGUCGCGUUUUUGGUCAUCACAUCGAUGUGACGAUGUGAUGCUGAGAUCAAGCGUGAGUGCAACGCGUCCUCAUUACCGACGGUAAAUGUCUUGGAAAAGUGCGAAAGACGACGAGGGGACAAUUUCUGGGAGCAAAGAGGAAGACGAGCCACGACUGAACGCUGUUUUCAAGCGGCCUCGAGUUGUGUUACACUGAGCAGACAUGAGUGAAGACUGUGUUGAUUCUGAGCAGCAGGCCCCAGAAGACCCUCGCUUUAAAGAGGAAGACCACGAAGCUCAUAUCACCAAGUUUCCACUGACUGCUGUCAUGAAGGGUGAAGAAGGUGAUGGAGACCACCGUGGAGGAUCACAAGCUGACGGCCUCUUAGCUCCACUAUCAGAUUGCGAUGACACAACGUCACACUCGCCUGACACUGAUGAUGAAGAACACUCUAAAGGUGAUAUGACAUGUCACAAUAGCGACAAACGCUGGCCGUGUUCUCAGUGUGGGAAAACAUAUAGCUCCAAGAGUUAUUUGAAAGUUCACAUGAGAAGUCACGAAGGAGAGAAACCUUUCAGCUGUUCAGAUUGCGGCAAAAGAUUCGCCGAGAAGGGACAUUUCAACACACACAGAAGAACACACACAGGGGAAAAACCUUUUUGCUGCUCAGUAUGUGGUAUUCAAGUAGCUCAAAAGGGUGCGAGAGAAGUGUACGUGGAGGGAUUUUCUGGAGCCAAAGAAGAGAAAGAGACGAGAUACAACGUCAACAAGGAGCCCCGAGUUGUGUUGCACAGAACUGACAUGAGUGAAGACGAUCUUGAGCCUGAGCAGCAGGCUCCAGAGGACCGGCAGAUUAAAGAGGAAGAGCAGCCAGCUGAUAUCAGCAAGUUUCCACCAACUGGUGUCAUGAAGAGUGAAGAAGGUGAUGGAGACAACUGUGGAGGAUCACAAGCUGACAGCCUCUUAGCUCCACAAUCAUAUUGUGACAACACAAUGUCACACUCGCCCGACAACGAUGAUGAAGAACACUCUAAAGAUGAUAUGAGAUAUCGCAAUAACGACAAACGCUGGCAAUGUUCUCAGUGCGGGAAAACAUUUAGUUCCAAGUGGAAUUUGAAAGUUCACAUGAGAAGUCACGAAGGAGAGAAACCUUUCAGCUGUUCAGAUUGCGGGAAAAGAUUUGCUGAGAAGGGACAUUUGAGCAGACAUGGAAGAACACACUCAGGGGAAAAACCCUUUUGCUGCUCAGUGUGCGGCGUUAGAUUAGCUCAAAAGAUUAAUUUAACAAUUCACAUGAGAAAACACACUGGCGAGAAACCUUUUGUAUGCCCAUUUUGCGGUAAACGAUUCUCUAUAAAAGGACAUUUGAAAACGCACACUAGAAUACACACUGGUGAGAAACCUUUUUCCUGCUCAGUCUGCAACUUUAGUUUCAGUGAACGUUCAAAAUUGGUUAAACACACGAGAACACACACUGGGGAAAAAGAGUUUACCUGUUCAGUUUGUGAUAAAAAAUUUGCUCAAAGAUGCACACUGACAAUACACGCAAGGAUACACACGGGUGAGAAACCAUUCGGUUGCAGUGUGUGUGACAAAAGAUUCUCUCGUAAAGAUCAGAUUAAGCGACACAAGUGUGCUGGUAAGAAUGGCAGCAAAUAAUGAGCUUCGACUAAAGGAAAAGCUUAUAAAAGUGAGUUUAUGAUUGAGAAUUAAUACAAGUCUUGAAGCAGUGAAAGGUUUCAUUAUCUAAAUACAUUAAAGCCAAAUAAUAGUAGUUGUCUUUGGUUAAGCCAUUUGAAAUUUGUGUUGAUGGUUGUGUUAUUUGUUUAAAUACAGGAUCAGAUCUGUACUGAUGCAAAUUCAAUCAACGUGAGAACAUCUUCAAUCGAGUUACUAAGUGGCCGGAUUGGAUUGAUUAAUUUUGUUAGCAUGUUUUUAUGUUUACGCAAUGCGACACUGCCUCUAAAUGUCUUCAGUUGUCAUUUGUAAGAAAACCUGCAGAUAUCUGUGAUGUAUUAUUCCAAACCGUUAAAUGUCCGAACAAAUUAAA